GAUUAUUUCGUUUACGCCAACUGCCCUUCCCGACAGAUCUUCUUCAGACAAGAAGAACCAAUUUAAAUUUUACAUUUUUUAAUCCGAACUCCAAACAGUAUGCAUGGAAAGUCAAGGAGUAACUACAUACAGUUCAAUAGUAGAUAAUGACAUUUUUAUAAUAUGCAGCUGUACAGAAAACGGGCCGUGUGUAUAUUUAGAAAAUGGGAAAAAGGAAGAAGCAAUAGAGGGCGAUAUUUCAUCGACAUCUAUUAACAGACCCAGUGAUAUUUGCACGAACGCAUUACAGGAAUUACACAAAAAUGUAGAUAAUAUGACAGAUAAUAGGGACAUUUGUAUAAGUGAUAGUCAAAUUACUGUACAGAAUUUAAUAGAAGAUAAAUUUUUUACUUACUCAUAUCUUUACUUUUGGUUUUCAUUCAACAGUUUUUCAGCAUUUAAUUUGUUACCUUUGAUAAAUACAGUGUAAAUGAUGUAUGUGUAUAAAAUACAAUGGGGUGUUUACAAAAGACUAUAAUUACAAAAGAUUACAAUAUAUGUAUUAUAUUGUAUUGUGUUUACAAAAGAUUAUAAUAUAUAUAUAUAUAUAAAUAAUACAUAUAAAUAUUUAUAUUUACAAUUUAUAAUAAUUAUAUUAUAAUUUAUAAUAUAUAUAUAAAUAUAUAUAUAUAUAUUUCAUAUAAUUUAUUAAUUAUAAACAUUUAUUCGUUCAAUUUAUAAAUAAUUAUAUAUAUCUGCAUUUUUUUUUUCUUGCUACAAGAAAUUUUAAUGUUAAUGAUGAAAUGAGAAAGUGACUCCAUUUCUAUAAGCUCUACAUAAAAAGUCUAAAUUAAAAACACUUUAGUGGUAUGGAUCUAUUCUGUAUGAAUGAAGGUACCUGACAAUUCAGAUUUUGAUAACUUGCCUUGUAAUGAAAAUGGAUAAACAUUUUACAACAAUUGCUGCAAUUUGUUAACGAAUAACCUCCAAGCCUGUGGUUCUCUUCAUUUGUAUAAGUUCUACAUAAAAAGUCUAAAUUCAAAACAUUUUGGUGGUAUGGAUCUAUAUUAAAAACAGUUUUCUGUAUGAAUAAAGGUAUCUAGCAAUUCAGAUUUUGACAACUUACCUUGUAA